AUGUCCUCCCAGGAUGGAGCAUCCAUCGCUGCCUCAACCUUCGAUACCCUCCCCGAGAGUCCCCUGGGUGGCAUGUCGACGCAGGAUAUAAUCGACGACGUAGACUAUCUCCUUCUGACGCACGACCUGCGCGACCAUCGCUGCCUCUUCAUCAAGGGCGCCCUCGUGGCCGCUCGUCAGGAUCCGGCAGACGGUCAGAUCCGCGACGACGGCGACAACAACAUCCGCCUGUCCGAUGUGGAGAGGCGAGUCAUCGCUCUGGAGUAUGAGCAUCCCGUUCGUUCACUGGCUGCUUCGCAGUGGUUGCAGACUGGACUGUGUGCUCUCUGUGCCGUGGUUCAGGGGAUGCAUCUGACUGUCACGAAUGGGGCACAGGAUUUCUACUUUGCCUACUUUGAUAUGCAAGACCCCCUCCUCCGGGGUUUCGUCAACAGUGCGCCCUUCAUCUCAGCCGCCCUGCUGGGAUGCUGGCUCAACCAGCCCCUCAACCACGUAUUCGGUCGCCGGGGCACAAUCUUCGUCUCCUGCAUCGUCAGCCUGGCCACAUCCUUCUGGCAAGCCGCCGCAGACACGUGGGUGAACCUGGCAGUGGCGCGCGUGGUGCUUGGUCUGGCCGUGGGGGCCAGCUCGGCCACCACGCCCGUCUACGCUGCCGAGUGUGCGCCCCCCAGCGUCCGAGGCCGCCUGACGAUGCUGUGGCAGAUGUUUACUGCGUUCGGCAUAAUGGUGGGUUAUGCUGCUUCCAUGGCCUUCCAGGACGUCAAGACCUGGGGCGAAAACACCCAGUGGCGGUGGAUGAUGGGCGUGACGGCCAUCCCCGCCUUGAUCGUCUGCUUCGUCGUCUUUCUCGUGCCCGAGAGCCCGAGGUACUGUCUCGACAAGGGGGAUUUUGUCGGAGCCCUCCACUCUCUCGUACAGCUCCGAUGCCACCACGUCCUCGCCUUCAGGGACCUGUACCUCGCCCACAAGCAUAUCGACGGGGCUAAGCAUAGCCAGGGCUCCGGUCGCUGGAGCACGCUUAGGGAGCUCUUCAAGCCGAGAAACCUGAGAGCUGCACAGGCGUCGUGGUUCUUGAUGUUCAUGCAGCAGUUCUGCGGAGUCAACGUGAUUGCAUACUACAGCACCCACAUCUUCAUGGGCGCUGGCUUCACCCGAUCGGAAUCCCUGGCCGUCUCGCUAGGAUGUGGCGUCGCCAACUUUGUCGGUGCCAUCCCGGCCUUGUACACCAUCGACCGCUUCGGACGACGGAGCUUGCUUCUGUCAACAUUCCCCGUCUUGGCCAUUUCCCUCUUCUGGACAGGGGCGAGCUUCUACAUCGUGGAUCAGGAUGCACGCCUCGCCAGCAUCUGUACCGGCAUCUACGUCUUCAUGCUCUUCUACUCCCCGGGAAUGGGCCCCGUGCCCUUCACGUACAGCGCCGAGGCCUUUUCGCUGUCGGUACGACCCUUGGGUAUGGCAUCGGCCACGGCCGUCACCUGGGCUUUCAACUUCAUCAUCAACUUUACCUGGCCCAAGAUGAUGCUGGCCAUGACGCCGGCGGGCGGAUUCUGCUUUUACGCCGCUUGGAACGUCUUUGCCUGGUUCUUUGCCUUCUUCCUGCUUCCCGAGACAAAGGGGUACUCGCUGGAGCAGCUCGACCACAUCUUCUCCAAGUCCAACCGACAGCACGCGCGGGAGCAGUGGGGAGGUAUGAAGCGGUUCGGGGCAAAGGAUCACAGGUCACGAAGAGGCCCCUUUAUCCAGAGAGAAGCCAUCCGCUAG